AUGCCCGCUUUUGCUCAAGACAAGGUAUUGGCGAGAGAUCUAAAGGCGAAGAAGACAAAGUCUAGGAAUGGAUGUGGCCGCUGCAAGCUCAAGAGGCUCAAAUGCGACGAGACUGCUCCUGGCUGUCUGCAAUGCAAGAAGAGGAACGUGCCCUGCCCUGGAUACGAGAAGACUUUGAAAUGGUCGACAAAGUACGAGGUCUUUACGCCUCCUAGCCACUCGAGGGCGGCGCCUCCCAAAUCGAGCCCUACCUCCAACCUCAGUUCCACAACUCACCCUGCCGCCAAGUCGACGCUCCCUCAGAAUGUCGCCAGUGGCAUCGAGGCCUUGGCUGCAGUGCUCCCUGUAAGCAAGAACAAGAUGACAACUACGACCACCCCACAACAAGCCCCCACAAUACAAACGUCAUCUGCAAUUCCGUCUCCACCUAGCUUUGAGGAGCCUGCAUCAAACCAAGAGUCCUCUACCGAGGAUGGCGACUCUCCUCGAGAGUACGAGCCCUUUCCAAUCGAGGAUGUCAUGUUGGAUGGCUUUGUUGAUGCCAUCCAUCUUCCUCACGAAGAGUUCAGCUUUGAUCCUUUUGAGAACAUAGACUUUGAUUCUGGCUCGCUAGACGACAUUACUUUUGGCGUACACGACUCACCAUCACAGAAACUAGAUGUCAUCCCGUCUUCGUCUAUGCCUUUGUCGGACCGCGACGCAAACCGAGAGUCUAGCCCUAGACUCUCACGUUCACUGCUCCUUGAUUUGUACCGUCUUCCAAGUCCUUCUCCCAGCCCGACAUCGUCUGACGAUGUCGAGUCUCUUCUCGUCCAACACUACUUCAAGGACGUCUGUGCUAUAUUUUCUUCUUUCGACUCUCCUCUAAAUCCUUUCCGAACUACCAUUGGCCGCAUCUAUAAGGACUCUCCAUCCAUCAACUACGCAAUCCAAUCCAUGGCAGCGGCGCAUUUGGCUAACACUUUUCCCAACAUGGCAGCAACAGGAGUUGAACUCCAGCGCAAGGCACGCGAGGCACUAGAGGCUGAGCUUCCCCUUGCUCAGAGUGGCCAGACUAGUGCUACCAAGACAUUCUUGAGUAUCAUGCUGCUUGGUCUUACUACCUCUUGGCACGACAGCAGCGCUCUUGGACUCGAGUACCUUUCCACUGCCAGGGAUCUCAUUCUACCCAAGCUCUUUAGCCGAUCACGUGGUGCAGAGGUGGAGCGAGAGGCACAGUUCUUUGAGGAGUCUUUGAUUCACUGGGAGAUGCUCAUGGGCUUUGUGACAGAGGAUGCCAUGAGCUUUUCCCCCAAGUCAGGACUCCGACCCAGCGUCACCUCGAGGAAGAAUGCUCCAGUUGCACGAGGCCCCAACGGCAAGGUUGUCCCACACCCCUGGACAGGCAUCGCGCCCAUGAUUCACUUUUUGUUUGCAGAGGUCGGCCGCCUGGUCCGCAAGGAACGCUCAAUGGACCGUGAAUCUUCCAUGGAUCUUCGCCGACGACAAGAGAACCUGCAAAACGCUGCCUCGCUGGAAGAGGAUCUCCUUGCUGUCGACUGCCCAUCUGUUGAUGAAGUGAUUGACUAUGGCGACGAACGUACCCCCAAGGAACACUUUGUCACCAUUGCUGAAGCCUACCGUCUCGCUGGUCUGCUAGAGAUUUACCGCGUUUUCCCGUCUAUCCUGCGCAAGCGUCUCGGGUCUGACAAGCUCAAAGGCACUGAGGCUGUCGACUUUCAGUUCCCCACACCGCGCUUUGAGACUCCGUUUGAGGACACUGACAUGAAGCUGUGGCUCAACUCGCUUGCCAUGCACAUUAUCAGAUCUCUAGAGUCGAUACCUUCUUCAUCUGGAACCUUUUGCAUUCAGCCGCUGAUCCUUGUUGUUGCUGCAUCUGAGCUUCGAUUUGUCUCGUCAGUCGACUUCUUCGAUGUCCAUGCCAACGAUACUGAAAUUGUCUCUGCACGAGAGUUUGUCAUUCGGCGUCUGCAAGAAUUUGCGUUGAGGCUACCUAACAAGCCCCUUCGCAUGAUGAUUCAGCUUCUCAAGGAGACGUGGCGUCAGUGUGAUGAAGGUCGCGAUGCCUUUUGGAUCGACGUCAUGAAUGAGAAGGGUUAUCACACCAUCAUGUGA